AUGCCGGGCCCAGAGAUUGAAUUGCAGGUGUUCCUUUACGGCUCUGAUCAAAAACGACUCGAACUGAAGCUCGCCCCUCGGCUGCCACAGCACGAUAUGCCCAUAGUCCCAGGCGGUGGCGAGCGCGAGGAGUACGUCCAAGCGCUCUUGCGCAGGAUUAUGUUCAGCAUCAAGCACAGUGGUAGCUGGCAAUGCGAGUUUUGCGGAAAGCCAGCGCGCGAAACGGUCAUCCAAUUCAACUCAUGGCUACGUCUUACGCCUCCCAGAGCCGUCGCAUAUCUACACGCGAUAUGCAGCUCCGACCCCGGUCCGUGCAGAACCACAUUCGACGCCAUCGACCUCCGCAUGGGCCUUAUGUCCGGCCAUCCCCUUCGUGCCCCGCAGUACGUCCCGCGCGAACCCGGCCAGGUCUUCCCGCUGCUCGCGGCUUGCGCGUCGUGCGAGGAGGAGAAGACCGCGGACAUCAACACGCCUGGGAAGACGUCGCUCAUGCGGUGCUCCGGGUGCAAAGUGACGCGGUAUUGCGGGAAGGCGUGCCAGCGCGAAGACUGGCGGGUGCACAAGGAAUUCUGCAAGAUCCUGAAGAGCGCGCGGUGGGUGCAAUGGGAUGCCGAAGGGCGCGAGAUUUUCUCCACGGACGCGUGA